GCGGUGUGUCCGUGCAGGUGGACAUGCAAGAGUAGUAAACGAUAAGAAGAGGACACGCUCACGAAUUCUGUGUGUGCGAUGUUAGUCCGGUUGCGACGACGGGCAGUGGUGUAGCGAGUGCUGCGUGUGUUGUGCCGGUGCAUCGGCCAUGGUGCUGUCAGCGCACGACUUGUUGCUGUUCGCCUACACAUGCAUGACAGUGUGGGCGGUGGGAGUCGACGUGUGCGCCGUGUUCUCACGGCUGUGCAGGUCUGUGUUCCGGGCGUGGAUGACAGUGUGGGUGGUGGGAGCCGUCGUGUGCGCCGUGUUGUCACGACUGUGCAGGUCUGUGUUCCGGGCCCGGAGCCUUCGUCGGCGUCGCUCUUCAUCGUCCGCAGAGAUGGAUGUGCGAAUGGGCAAUGGCGGUCGUCAUUCUGACCUGCCUAUACAGCAGGGCAUGCCGUGCGUCCAGGACCUCAACGCUUGUCCCGUCGCCGGCAUGGCACAAGGGUUGUGCUUCGAUGGCACGCCAUCAUCGGAGGUUCAUUCACAUCUCCGACAGCUGCCGGACCUUCAUGUGGGGCUUCGUGGUGGACGCGCUGCCCGUGUGGACGGCGAUUACGGCUGCGCGUCAGUGGGGGUUGAUCGGCGACUUCACGAGAACCGGCACCGCUACGGCAACGACGGCAGCCGCAGCCAUGGCGAUCAGCAGUCCACGCACGACACCCUUCUGCGAUCGGGCGGCCGGUAUGUUCUCGGCCAGACACAGAAUGAGCAGUCCUCCCUGUUUGCACACAGCGAGCCGAUGGUUAACACGGCGGAACCGUUGGGCGCCGUGUACAAUGCGUCGUCUCAGCAGUCUUCGAGUAAUGUCCCGCUCGGCACGGCUCGUGGAAGCACAGGGCCGACCGGUGAUGACACCCGGGGAGGAGCACUGCGCACCAAUCGAGGUGCAACACAGUUGUCCGGUCCAUCGACCGCUGCAACGCCCAGGUCCGAUGCACGUGAUUCGCGAGGCAAGGCUGCUGAAACCGCGAAGGAACGGCGUCGAACACCGUCGAAGGUCGGAAAUCCGAAGCAAGCGGCAGCAAACUUGCUGUCAGGUCUCAUGGUUGCCGGGAGUACUGAAGUCGACGACAACACAGACGAUGAAGAUGCUGAAGAGCCUGAAGCGGCCAAGGGGAAGCGUCGCAGGAAAUGCACAAAGGCCGAUAACUUUAGCGAGGAAGAAUGUAUCGCUCUCGUACAUGUCAAGGGGGAGUAUGACAUAGAGAUGGAGAGGACAUUGGUAGGGGUGGGUGGGAAAGCGAAAUCGAAGGAAGCAAAGUGGGGGAACAUUGUGGAGAGGCAGAGGGCGAACGGGGUGAUCAAGAAGCUGGACGAUGUCAAACGAAAGUGGGAGAAUUUGAAGUCCGCGUAUAACCGCGUCUCCUUCCACAACAGGAUGAAGUCGGGAUCGAAGAACUUCUUCGAAAUGUCUACGAGCGAGCGCAAGGCAGAUAACAUCCAUAUGUUCAUCAGGGAAGAGGUCUACAAGGUGACGGAUCAGUACUAUCACGAUGAUCCUUCGGCUAUGUCGAAGCACAUUCUUGAUUCGGGGAACCCGAUCGAGGAGGACUUCGGCGCUGCACCAUCAAGAAGCCCUGCCGACACCAGCGCUGGCAGCGAAUCCAUUGCCGCAGCUGCACGAGCUGGCGCAGCUAGGAGAAGAACCAAUGCACGUGCCGGUGCCAUGACGGAGUUGAAAAGCAUGCUUGUGGAUUACAGUAACCUGACGGGAGAAGCGGCGCGCUGUCAUCCAUCCGUUAACCACCCGCACCCGAGUAUGCAGUUCACCRAAYGGGAUGUACCUAACAUUGACAAUGYKYAYGGCUAAACUGCAUGGGAACCGUCCAUGCUAUUGCACAGUAAGGCRGAUGCCAUUUCAUGUUACCGCCUUCCCGGAAAUCUACAAAAUCAAUGCCACAGUCAUGA